AUGUUAAAAGUACAGCAGUGUGUAACAGCUAACAGGAUACCCAAGAAAAAGCCAUAUAUUUGUGACACUUGCUAUAAACAGUUUGAAACUCCAUCGAAAUUAGCUAGGCAUUAUCUGAUACAUACUGGUCAAAAGCCAUUUGAAUGUCAUGUGUGCCAUAAAACGUUUAGGCAGUUAGUCCAUCUGGAGAGGCAUCAAUUAACCCAUAACCUGCCCUUUAAGUGUAUUGUUUGUCAUAGAAACUUCAAAAACUUAAUUACUUUCUUGAAGCAUCAGCAGCUUCACAAUGCAAAUUAUCAGAAUGAUAUCAAGCAAGCAGGAAAAUCUGUGGAUUCCCAGCAAGACAGGGUCGUUUGUGGCAUAUUUCGAUGUUCUGUGUGCUGGAAGUCUUUUACAACUGAAGAGAGGUGGAUGCUGCAUCAGUGCCUCAAGGCAGAUCAUCUGCAUGGUACCAGAAGGAGAAAGAAAACUCAUGCUUGUGAAUCAUGUAACAAGACAUUUCCUUCAAGAUCUAAGCUAGAAAGACACUUCCUUAUUCACACUGGCCAGAAACCUUUUAAGUGUUCUUCAUGUGGUAAAUCUUUCAGACAGUCAACCCAUUUGAAAGUCCAUCAGCUCACACACACAGAAGAAAGGCCUUUUCAGUGCUGCUUUUGUCAGAAGGGGUUUAAAAUACAGAGCAAACUCAUGAAGCACAAACAGCUCCAUGCCAGAAAUAAGACUGUCCCCAAUAUCAAAUACAAAGGAAAGACUCCUAAAUAUCUCAGACCACAGAAACUGUUGGAAGGAAAGAUGGAUAGUUCUGAGAAUGACCCUUACAAGUCCCAGGAGAAUGACCCACGUGACGUUUGUUCAAUUUAUAUUGUACCCUUUCAGUGUCCAAUGUGCAAGCAGUGUUUUGAAACAGAGCAGGUUCUAAAAUUGCACAAAUGUUGUUACCUGAGAGAUGGCAAAAGUUCAAAUAACUGCACAACGGCUUUCAGCCAUGCAGUCAGCAUGAAAAAUAGGAUCCUGAUGAAGCUGAAGCAUACUGGAGGAAAGGCAUCAGAUUUUUCUGUGACUGGCAGGAAAAAAAUGAAAUCAGGUUACUUUAAAAGUCCUGACCUGGUUGCAGUUAGAGAUCAGCGUUCUGAUAAGAAUGCUUCUACUAAAUUUUUCAAGGACUGCUGUAGCAAGCUUGACAUGCACAAAGCAGUUAGUAAUCGGACGAAAAGAGUAUUUGCCAUGCCAUUAUCUUGGCAAGAGCACCUACAACCUCUCGAAGUAGGAAUUAAUUUAAAAGGUAUGCUUACCGGUGAGCGCAUGUUAAACAUCGAUGAUUCAGUGCAUAAUAAGGAUGAUGCUUUUUAUGGUUCAUCAGAUGAUGGCUUCUUUGAUAAUCCAGAAGUACUUCGCUGUGCUUUUUCAGCUCCUACUAAAAAUAUACAUAACAGACACAAAGUGUGUAAAUGUGACAGAUGUGAAAAAAUCUUUCCAUCUUCAUCCAAACUUCAAAGACAUUAUCUUAUACACACGGGACAGAAGCCCUUUGGCUGUAAUGUUUGUGGGAAGACAUUUAGACAGUCAGUUCACUUAAAAAGACAUCAGCUCACCCAUACUGAAAAGAACCCCUAUAAAAGCUCUGUUUGCCAGGUAGAAUUUGAAAAUCUGAACAAACUUUUCAAUCAUCGGGGAGAUCACAUUGAAUUUAAGUCUUCGCAGCCUGUGGGUUAUUCAGGUUAUUCUCAAACACCUUCACAGGCAGCUGGCUUUCAAGAUUUUGAACUGAUUCAGUCAAACCAAGCGGCUGAAAUCAAAGUUGAAAUUGAGUCAGGGGACUUUGUUCUUGACACCAGCAGGAGAAACACACAGCCUUAUUUGUGUAGUAAAUUGUUGGAAACAGAGCAAAGCUGUUAUAGUUAUUGGCAUGAUUUUUCUGACGGGAUUGAAAAAAGUGAUGUUAAGAAAGUGUAUCAGUGCAGUAUCUGCUUUAAAACUUUCAAAUCGCCUUCUAAGCUUGAAAGACAUUACCUAAUGCAUGCUGGACAGAAGCCAUUUGAAUGUUCAGUUUGUGGUAAAAAUUUUAGACAGUCCCCACAUUUGAAGAGACAUCACCUUACUCACUUUAAAGAGAGAUUAAAGCUGAGUUCCACUGAGCAACAACAAGGGAACAUAUUGUUUUCAUUGUAACUGGAUGCUGUCCCGUGAAAUUAUACAUUAACAUUUUUGGUUGCAUAAUUAUUAAAAGGCUUAUGUUACAUUGAAUAAUUGACUGAAAGGAUUAUCUUUUUAUGUUAUGGAGAAGACCUGAUGAAGAGUUAAUUUGCUGUCUUCAGAACUGUCUACUUGAUUAUAAUAUGUGAUGACAGUGAGAAGAUGGUAAAAAAAACAAAGCAAAGCAAAAAAGCAAUAAAAAAGCUACUUUGCAUUUCUUUUCUUUAAAUGUAUUUAUAAAUUUACAUUCUUACACUGUUGAUGGUGUUGCAGCAAUCUGCAGAGCUCCCUACCUUUUCCUGUAUAGUAUUUCAUGACAGUACGCUGCCCAACGAUAAAUAUCCAAAAGUAAAGAUUAACAAGGUAACUUCCAGAAUACAGGAAAUGGUUCCUUUACUUUCUUCUGGCUCCCUGUACAUUGCAAACAAAUAUGCAAGUGUUGCAUAUGCUUGCUGUAUUUAGUUCAUGCUUUAAAAACAAAAACAAAAAACAGUUAAAUUUAGAUGAAGAAGAUGCAAAAAAAAAAAAAAAAAAAUUUGUGGAAGGGGGAAAGAAUAUUUAAUGAGAAAAACUUGAUUAGCAUUAUAGAACAGUUAAUAAAGAGAAAAAUGAACUGGAUAUUUGCAAUAUGCUUGGAGAUCUGUGGGUGAGGAAUUACAUUUUUAACUUAUUUACGGUAAAAUAUGAGUAGACAAUGCUAAAGUAGCAUGGUUGAUAAUCAUUUAAUCCUUUUUACCACUUCAUUGUUUCCACUUCUUGCAAUAUCUCUUGCUUUUUCAACUUUUCUCUUUUUUUUUUCUUGUCAAUUCAUGCUAUACUGAAUUUUCUACAGGCAAAGAGGGCAAGAAAUUAUCAUUAAUAUUACGCAUGCAGUUACUAUCUGUUCCUUCUGACAUGCGUAUUGCACCAGUAAAAGAAGUGUUCUCUAAGUUGUGAUAAUAGCUCAGACAAGCAGUUUUGUUGGGAAGUCAUGUUCGUGUUACAUUAAAUAUUAGAGACUGAAAAUGACUUUUAGCUCAAAUUCUGGUUUUGUGUUAAUAGAGUCUGUAGUUUUUACUUCUGGUAAGUAGAGAGCUUUGCCCAUUGUACGUGUGGGGCUGGCAAAAAGUGUAAGUGCAGUGGAGCUUUAUUCAUCAAGAACAAGAAUGAAGUUUGUUUGUUUUUCCUCUGAAGAAACUACCUUUUACUGUAUUUUCCUUUGUUACACAGCUUCUGAAUAGUUGAAACAUGAUUUUUUUUAUCCUAUAUCUAAAUUAAUAUAACUGUAAGAUACACGGCAUUCUUUUCACUAUUUAAAUAGAUACGUAUUUAUUUAAGUAAACUUUUUGAUUUUUUUAUUAUUUCUUGAACAACUUAUGUAGGUCUUGCUGUGGCAUAAGCUUUAUAGUAGUUGGUAUAAAUGAAGGAUGAAGGGAGUUUUUAUUUUAUUUUUGUGUUAUUCUUUCCUAUUUUGAGAGAGAAUACAACUAAGAAAGAUACUCAAACAUUUAGUUACUAUGAUUUUUGUAUGACAGGCUAAUUCAGUGUCUUAAGAAUGACUAUAGUUAUAUAUUGAGGUUUUUUUCUCCCCAUGUGAAUUGUUUCAUAUUGAAAGAGAAUACUGUAUAAAAUGUUUUGAAAGCGUAUUGUAGAGCUCUUGAAAUACUUGUAAUAAACUAUUUUAUUUAUAUUGCACUUUUGUUGUAUACUUUAUGUGCAAACUAGAGUAUUGAAAUUAUAAUAUUCAGUAUGCAGAGAAGUCUAAAACUAGGAAUCAAAAUAGCACUUUGUAUGUUAGAAUAAAUAGGCUUAAUUUUUUUCUUCCUUUUUUUUUUUUUGCCAUAGAAGUAAAGUAUAAACAUAUUUAAAGAGAGUAAGAUCUGGUUUUAAGAAGUCAGUCAUUUUAUAAAAUUUGAGUGUAAUGUUUUGAGAACAAUAAGCUUGGUAUGUUUUGAAAAAUACCAAUUUGAGUAAAAUGGAGGAAGAUAAUACACAAAGGUAACUUUGAAGGAUAGACAGGUAGAAAGUAUUACUGUCUGAUUAAUUUAGAAAUUAAUGUAAUCUUUGGUUUCCGUGGGAUUUCAGAGGGGCAGUAAUGACCUUUUUGUUUAUCUAUCUCUCUAUUCUUUUUAUCAAAAGUUUUAUGCCAGUAUAAAUUCAUAAUUUUAGCAGAAUUACUGCAUAAAACAGCUAGAAAGAGGUAAAGAGGUUUCUAAGAGUUGGGAAAAAAUCUAAGAUUGAAAUCCUGUCUCUUGAAGUCAACAGUAAAGUUCUGGAAGCAUCUUUGUGAAUUUGAGCUACAGGGAUUUUCCCAGUGUUAAGAAUCAUAUUUCACAUUGGUCAUUAGUAGGUUAGUCAUUUUCCAUCGUGAUCCCAGGCAAGUUUAAGCCUUCAAUCUCUGAAGUAUAUUGUAAACAGGAGAAGGGUGGGUCCUUCUGUGUUAAUAUUGAACUUCCUUCAGGUGAACUUAUCAAACUGAGUUCAGCUUUGAGGAAGUACUAUGUGAUAUAAAAAAGGUCAAUAUUUGUAUAUUAAUUAUAUACUUAUAUAUAAACUGAGAAAGGUUAACAGGACUUUUUUUUUUUGUAAGGCAAAUGGAGUAUGCAGUACUAAAUUCCCUGGAACUGCAGUGCUAUCUGACCACAUAGUCCAUUUUCUAUCUAGGAAAUAGAGCUAUGGUUAGCUUUAAAACAUUUGCAACUUUACAUGAUUGCUGUGCUAUCCUUGCAGUUUUUGCAGAAAGUCACAACUUGCAAAAUAUGUAUGGGGGGAAGAAAAUCAACUGGAAAAAAAAAAAGCCAUCAGAAAACACAGAAAAAGCAUUUUAUUGUUUUUGUAGCUGCUGAGCGAUUAGGUUGUCACUUGUCUGUGAUCUACUCUUGCUAUUGUACCUACAGCCAACAAGAAAAGUUGAUGAGGCAAAUGGGAAACAGACACAGAAGAAACUUAAUUGAAAUUAAUCAGACCUUCGGCUUCAAACUGUGAUGUUGGAUUUAAUGCUUAGUUUUCCUGUCUUUCUUGUAGCACAGAUGUAAAACUCAGAGUUGUCAUCUCAUAACAGCACCUCACUUGAGUAAUGCUUAGGUAAGUACAGUUGGAUGACUCUUGAAUCAAUAAAGACUAUAGUUUUGGUCCUAAUCGCCCCUUGUCAUAAUGUUCAGAAUGUCUAGAUGUUGUAAGUAACUAAAGGGGUCAUGGUUCCUAUUUCUAACACAAAGUUAUGUGGAGUUUUUAAGUGUAAGUUUGAACUUAAUAGCCCGGUUUUGUCAUCCAGUAGCUAUGGAUGAGAUGCAUCUGAGAGACGGUUAUUGUAAGGAAAACUGAAAUUACAGAUGUGACUCUUCUGUGCUCUCCUAUACCUUAUUUUCUCCAGGCUAAGCAUAUUAAUUGGGCUUCUUCAUAUACAGACUAAAUCUGUCAAGCAGCUUUUAAACAGUAUCUUUUUUAGCAUCGAUUUUAAAAGUAAAUCUUCGAAGUCCAUGAAAAUGGAGGAUUAAUCAUCCUUACACCAACAAAAUCACACACAAGUAGAACUGAUCAUUUCCUUGUUCAGAAACCACUGUUCUAACAUGAACAUUGGCUGCCAUGAGAUAUCACAAGUUUUUGAAUGCUGCUUUGCUUUUGUACUCUGCCAUUUCAGUUCUUGUCUUCUUCCUGGAUCUGCUGAUGUAUGACUUGAUUCUGUUGCACACCUGACAUAAUUUGUGUAUGUGGCUGAAAUUUUUCCUCUUUGCUGGAAUCUUUCCAGUAUAGUAUACUACACUAUAUAUAGUGUGUGUGUGUGUAUAUGUGUGUGUAUAUAUAUAUAUAUAUAUAUAUACUGGAUAUAUAGAUCCUAAUUUGUAUGGAUCUGUGAAACCCCAUGUGACCUAUGGAAGGUCACAGAGCUGUUUGUCACGUAUAUGCUGCCACAGUAUAUGCAAAAUGGUGUGUUGAGAACCUGUCCCAAAAAACUCCAUGAUUCUCCGAAUGUCUGACUACAGAGGACUAUGGGGAAAGUAAAUUUUGGGGCUCUACAUGAGAUGCAUGAGUAAUGAAGAAGAAUAUGUCGUGCAGGUGAGUGGGGCUUUUAAACUAGAAGAGUAUAUGCAGAGGGGAUGUGCGUCUUGGUAGGAAGAUAUGUGAAAGAGGUCUGAGGGCCCACGUAUGGGGCUGAGGAACUGGUGAGUUUGGGGCCACCCAUUUGAAAGUGUGGUGUGAGAAGCAGUACAUGAGUAUGCAAGAAGCUGACCAGCUGUGAUGGAGACAGUGUCUCCUUCUCCACUGAAUGGUUUGGGUAUUUAGGGUAGUUAAGAGUAUAUGGAAAUGGUGGCUAUCCAGCUUUGCCUCAAGCUGCUUCACAGGAUGUGGCACUGGAACGUGUCUUGCUGACGUAGUGAAGGAGAGGAACACAGAAAAUUGGGGCCACUACUGUAAAAAAUAAAAAUAAUAAAAAAUCUAUUCCUUAUCUAAAGAAGCCAACUACCCAUGCUGUCUCCCAUUUAUAUUGCUAAUGCAUUGGUCUAACUAAAUUUCUAUUGAAAUCAUGGAAAACACUACCUUCCUGGCAUGCAAAUUUGUGUUAUUUUACCUGUAUGUUUUAUUUAUUUGGAAGAGUAUACAUUAUAAUGCUUGGUAUGUGCUUGCAAACACAGCUUGUUGAGCUACAGAAACUCAGAUGAUGUCCUCGGUUUUUACUUUAUUUUGAUUUGAAGAGGAUCCCAAAAAUACAGUUGAACAGAGAGACUCCUGUUUGUGACAACACAGGUUUUAUAAACUGUGUGGAAAUUUGCUGUCUUUUAGACACUUCAAGUGUGGCUGUCGGUUUGAGGAUAGUUGUUAAGACUUAUAUGUUAUGAUUUUUUUCAUGACGUUGAGGGCAACUUUGAAGUAGUAAUAUGACAACCUUGUUUGCCAUAGCAAACUUUACCUUGUAUUUUGUACUGUGUGUCCUAGUAUUAAUUAAUAUGGUGGAAGGAAUACCACUUUUAGUGCCGAACUGAUAGCAUUGCUUCUGAAAACAUAUCAAGUGGCACAUAUAUAUAUUUCUUUUUCAUGAUUAUUAUUUUUAAAUCUAAGGCAUCUUAGAGCUUUGAUCAGAGUAGUAGGAAAAUAGGAUCUGAUUUGGUUACUGAGGAUGCAUGCAGUAGAGGAGCUCUCUAAAUUGAAAAUCCUCCCUGAUUAGAAAUGUUGAGCCUGUGGUAUAAGGACUGUUAAAAAAAGAUAGCCUUGAUUGCCUUUUGUGCUAGUCGGAACGCUAUUCUAUGCAAUAGUGAAACACUUUAUGGGUUAAAGUAUAGAAUUUAGAAAUCAGGAGAAAGCAAAUUAAAAUGCUUUAUCUUACAGCUGUGGAGGAAAGUAUGUCUUGAACAUCUUUAAAAAUAACUAGUAACAAAAUUUCUACAUGUUAGUGUUGAAGAUCUUGUUAUAAACAAGUCUACAAUAUUAACAGCAGGGAAUUACCAAAUUACUAGAAAGGAAAAAUCCUUUAGGACUUGAAAAACUGGGCCCUCUCCCUCAUCUUCUUGAAAAGUUCUUAUGCAAUGUUAAGGAAAAUAUUUGAAGAUGACUUCCCACAGUCAUCUUGUCACUGUGCAUUCCUCAGUUUUGGUUGCCAGCUCAAGACCCUGUAUAUGACUUGUAGCUAUACUAUCUUAGAGUUUCAGGUGUAGUCAAUAGAGCCUGUACUUGAAUUUACAAUGUGGUAUAAUGCAUGUAAAAUUAAGUAGUCAUAGCUGAGGGUUUUUGUUUUUGGCCAUAAACUCUUACUCGGUUUCCCCUUCGUAGAACAGGGAUAAUAUCACCAUGUGGAGAGCUUUGCAGAAAUAGAACUAGUUAUUAUUUGUGUAGCACUCAGCUAAUACAUUGAGAGCCUGCAAAAAGAUUAAAGGAAAUGAAUAAUGCUGCUUUCAUAAAGUGCUUGAAUAGUGUGCAGCAAGCAAGGUAAGAUAGAGUUGCACACUUAAGAGGGAGAGGUUAUUAAUUAAAGUUCUUGUCUUGAUGUACUGUCAUUUAGAACAAUAUAAUGCAUAUUCAAAUAACAGAGCAAAUUCAACUUGUCUGGAAACACUUAGCUUAAUACUUAAAGUGUGCUGAUUUUCCAACCAUUCUAGUUUUCGAGGUCUUAUUUGUGGGUAUUUGAGCUUAUGGAUAGUCAGUUACAUAACUAAAUCUAAGUCAUAUUAUUUUGAAAGGUUGAUCUGAAAUUUUGUCAUUCUUCUGUGACACUGUAGUUAACCCAGAGGUUUUUCAACUCAUACACUCUAGGAUUUCACAGUACUACAAAUCUUCCUAAGAGAGUUGUCUACAAUUUUCUUACCAGCAGAGAAUUUCUGCUAGAUGUAGUCUUUCUGUUAUUAAUUUCUGGUUUCUGUGACAGAAAGAGUAGAAUAAGUAAAUACUCAAAAAGAAAAGACGUUUUUGAAAAGCUGGAAACAGUAUGUUUAAAGAGGUUAAGCUGUGGUAUGGAUUUAAGAAGGCACUUUCCCCACAGAAAUUUUAUCACAUAUCACAUUGCACUCACAGGAUUUCUAGCAAAUAUUUCUAGAGCUAUAGGUACUAGCCACUGAUUUCUUAUAUUCAUACCACUGUUCUGCUCCAGUUGCUAAAAAUCCAGCUAAAAGUCUCUGAAGAGAAUUAGGAUACCCCAGAGUCUGUGCUAAGUUGAGCUGUUAGCGAAAUGUGAGCCCAGCAACAGAAAGCUAAGAAUGACAUAAACUCCCAUAUUUCCCCACCUCCCUCACUAGAGGCACUGCUUGCUAUUCUGGGAUAUAAAAGCAGCUGGGUUGCUGAAUUAGCCAUAUUUUUCUCUAGUCAUGAGCUCAGAAUUUCCAUUGAAGUUACUGUAAGUUUUGCACAAAAAUCAAGGGCAGUACAUUGGCCAGAACGUGUGCUAAAUAAAUAUUUAUACACAAAUCAGAAUGCUACUGACGGCUUCUUUACACUUUAAAAUUCUAAAUAUUUUAAGAAGCAUCUGUUACUAAACUGAGGCAUCAUUUUUGAAAGUACCCAUAUUUACUGAGUGGAAGUACACAUACUUGGAAGUACACAUAUUUACUGAGUGAGUACCCAUAUUUAAUGAGAUGAACACUGUGACAAACUCUUGGACUAGAAGAAUGCACAUAAAUAAAAUUGUAAAAGCAGUACAACGUGAUUGAAUUAAAAUUAUAAUGAACAGACUGAACAGUUAGUGAAUAUUAACUACUAUUGAAGAUAAACUAUAUCCAAAGAAAUAACCCCUCUCAUCGUGCCUAAACUUUAUACGUGCUGUGAAAGAUUCCUGUGAUCUUUUUUGAGAAGCUUUCUGAUUAUUAUUAUUUUUUAACCUGAAAGCAAGUUAAAUCAAUACAUUUCUUUUAUUAUUUCAACAGGUAAGAGACACAGGAGGUUUCUGUUCUUCUUUGAAUAAUGUACAUAUUAUUCCAUUUCCAUGCCAUUCAUUCCUCCAUCCCUUUAUAAAACUUAUUUCAUAUAAUUUUGGAAGUAAUAUUUCAAAAUGCUGCAUAUCCAGUCACUUUCCUUCUUCAGUUAAAAGAAAAGCUGUAAGUGCAAGGUUGCAUGCGUGAUGAGACUUGACAUUUGUAAUGUUUGGAGUUUUCUGUUCCAGAGCUCUUCAGAGAUAAUAAAUAAAUAAAUAAAA